AUGGAACAUCAAGCGGCUCAACGACGCGCGCGGAAGCCUACCGAUCGAAACCUCCCCGACAGUAUCGAAGACCUUGUCAUUGGCGAAGGGGUGAAACAGUACAACAAGUUACGUGAGAUGGAAAAGCGCCUUGAUGCCACGAUGAUGCGGAAGAGGCUAGAGGUUCAGGAUUCCAUGAGCCGACACCAAAAGAGAGAAAAGACGAUGCGCAUCUGGAUCUCCAAUACCUGCUCCGAACAGCCCUGGCAAAUGAGUCAGAACGAGGAAGAGAAUGUCGCAUUCGAUUCGCUUGGAGAGCCCAAGUACAGAGUCGAAAUCAAGGGAAAAUUGCUCGAAGAGCCCGAGGAUGACAGUGACUCGGAAGACGAUGUCGACAGCAAUGGCAAGGAGCAGGAAGGGGCCGCAAAGAACUCCAAGGAACGUUUACCGUCCUCGAGACCUUUUACGUUCUUCUUCAAGGCUCUUAAAGUUGAGUUCGACGAAGCUUUCAUGGGCGAUCCGAACUACAACAUUGCAUGGAAGAAACCUCCGACCCAUACUCCCGAACAAGAUUUCGACCAUUUCACAUUCCAACGGAAAUCGGAUGAAAACAUGAAUGUCAACAUAUGCCUCACGCGCGAUGAGCAACCAGAGCGAUUUAAGUUGAGCCCUGGUCUCGCCAAAACCUUGGACAUGAUAGAAGCCGAUCGAGCAGAAGUGGUCAUGGGUCUUUGGGACUAUGUCAAAGCCAUGGGGUUACAGGAGGACGAUGAGCGACGAACAAUACGCUGUGACGAGAACCUCCGCGCCCUUUUCGGCGUCGACACCAUUUCCUUUCCCCAGAUCCCCGAACGCAUUCUCCCUCACCUUCUCCCCCUGGAUCCUAUCAGACUCCCAUACACUAUUCGACUCGACAAAGAAUUCCACGAAAACCCCGAGCCAACCGUCUACGAUAUCGAUGUCAGGGUCGAGGAUCCCGUCCGCGCCCUCUAUCUAAAGAUGACCCAGAAUCCGCAGCACCAAACACAACUCCGCGAGAUCGCCGAGCUGGACGACCACCUCGCGGUUCUGGUCCAGGCCAUUCACCACUCCAAGGCUCGCCACGACUUCUUCACCGGAAUGGCCAAUGAUCCCGUCGGCUUCUGUAAGAAAUGGAUGGCGUCGCAGAAGAAGGAUCUGAGCGUGAUCCUGGCCGAAGCAGAGAAGGGCGAUUUCUCCGGCCUUGAAUUCGCCAAGGGUGGCAAGGAUGGGGUCUGGAAUACCGACCUUGUCAAAGAGGCUGUACGCUAUCGCAUGGCAAAGGAUGAUGCUGCUCCUCUCCCACCUCGGCGCUAG